CCGGUCCCGCCCGGGACGUGCGGCAGGUGCCCCCGGCUGCCACCCGAGCCGGGCCGGCCCCCCCCCAGGGCGCGGGGUGGGUCCGGGCGGCAGGGCAGGCCCUCUCCAGCGGCGCCGACAGCCUCCGGGGCGGCCCUGCGCUCCGCUCCGCAGGCACCGGCCGCCGGCGGGAACAAAGGCGGCGGCAGGCGGCGGCACGGUCCGGCCCGUGUGAGGCAGCCCGCCUGCCCCUGCUUCCUGGGCCGGGCUGGGCUGGGCUAGGCGAGGCGGCCUCCGCGCCCCCGCCCCGCCCCGCCGGCGCGGAGCCGAGCCGAGCCGCCGCCGCAGUCGCAGCAGCGCCGGUCGCGGGGCGCGCUCGCCGCCCGUCGCAGGAGCUGCAUGUGCGCGGGAGGAGCGGCGGAGGAUGGCAGUGCUCAAGCUCGCCGACCAGCCACCUCUGGUCCAAGCGAUUUUCAGUGGCGAUCCAGAAGAAAUACGGAUGUUGAUCUACAAAACUGAGGAUGUCAACGCCUUGGAUGCUGAGAAACGAACUCCUCUUCACGUUGCAUCAUUCCUGGGGGAUGCAGACAUCAUUGAGCUUCUCAUUUUGUCAGGCGCUCGUGUUAAUGCCAAGGACAAUAUGUGGCUGACUCCUCUCCAUCGAGCAGUUGCUUCAAGAAGUGAAGAAGCAGUGCAAGUAUUGAUUAAGCACUCAGCCGAUGUCAAUGCUCGGGACAAGAACUGGCAGACACCAUUGCACGUGGCGGCUGCCAACAAGGCAGUGAAGUGUGCGGAAGUCAUCAUUCCCAUGCUGAGCAGCGUCAAUGUCUCUGACCGAGGUGGGCGGACGGCAUUGCACCAUGCAGCUCUGAAUGGCCACAUCGAGAUGGUGAACUUGCUCUUAGCCAAGGGGGCAAACAUCAAUGCUUUUGACAAAAAGGACAGAAGAGCUCUUCACUGGGCAGCGUACAUGGGUCACCUGGAAGUUGUUGCCUUACUGAUUAAUCACGGUGCAGAAGUGACUUGUAAGGACAAGAAGGGUUACACCCCACUUCAUGCAGCUGCAUCCAAUGGGCAGAUUAACAUUGUGAAACACCUCCUUAACCUGGGGGUAGAGAUUGAUGAAAUGAACAUCUAUGGAAAUACUGCGCUUCACAUUGCCUGUUACAAUGGUCAGGAUUCUGUUGUUAAUGAGCUGAUUGACUAUGGUGCUAACGUAAAUCAGCCUAAUAAUAAUGGAUUCACUCCCUUGCAUUUUGCUGCCGCUUCCACUCAUGGAGCACUGUGUCUUGAGCUACUAGUGAAUAAUGGGGCAGAUGUUAACAUUCAGAGUAAGGAUGGGAAGAGCCCACUGCACAUGACAGCUGUCCAUGGGAGGUUCACGCGGUCGCAGACCCUCAUUCAGAACGGAGGGGAAAUCGACUGUGUUGAUAAGGAUGGUAACACCCCUCUGCACGUGGCUGCAAGAUACGGACAUGAGCUUUUGAUUAACACCCUCAUAACCAGCGGAGCUGAUACUGCCAAGUGUGGGAUCCACAACAUGUUCCCUUUACACUUAGCCGCGCUGAAUGCUCACUCAGACUGCUGCAGGAAAUUGUUGUCAUCGGGACAAAAGUAUAGCAUAGUGUCCUUGUUUAGUAAUGAGCACGUGCUGUCUGCAGGCUUUGAAAUAGACACCCCCGAUAGUUUUGGAAGAACGUGCCUCCACGCUGCUGCUGCAGGAGGUAAUGUUGAAUGUAUAAAACUCUUGCAAAGCAGUGGAGCAGAUUUUAAUAAGAAGGACAAAUGUGGGAGGACACCUUUGCAUUAUGCAGCUGCAAAUUGUCAUUUCCACUGCAUUGAGACACUGGUGACAACAGGAGCCAAUAUUAAUGAAACAGAUGACUGGGGACGCACCCCUUUGCACUAUGCUGCUGCUUCUGACAUGGACCGAAAAAAGAAUAUUUUAGGUAACUCCCAUGAAAAUGCUGAAGAACUUGAAAGAGCCAGUGAGAUGAAGGAAAAAGAAGCUGCAUUGUGUCUAGAGUUUCUUCUACAAAAUGAUGCCAAUCCAUCCAUCCAAGACAAAGAGGGGUACAACACUGUGCAUUAUGCUGCUGCAUAUGGGCACCGGCAGUGUUUGGAACUGCUUCUGGAAAAAACCAACAAUAUGUUUGAGGAAUCCGAUUCUGCAGCUACAAAAAGUCCUUUGCAUUUAGCGGCCUAUAACGGUCAUCACCAAGCCUUGGAAGUACUUCUCCAAUCUCUGGUAGAUCUGGAUAUUAAGGACGAGAAGGGACGCACUGCUUUGGACCUGGCUGCUUUUAAAGGACAUGCAGAGUGUGUGGAAGCUCUCAUCAGCCAAGGUGCUUCUGUCACUGUAAAAGACAAUGUCACCAAAAGGACACCCCUCCACGCCUCAGUCAUUAAUGGCCAUACACCUUGUUUACGAUUGUUGCUAGAAGUUGCAGACAACCCUGACGUGACAGACGCCAAAGGACAAACCCCACUAAUGCUUGCAGUGGCAUAUGGGCACAUUGAUGCUGUUUCUUUAUUACUUGAAAAAGAAGCAUCUGUAGAUGCAGCUGAUCUCCUGGGAUGCACAGCUUUACAUCGAGGGAUUAUGACUGGGCAUGAAGAGUGUGUUCAGAUGCUGUUAGAAAAAGAAGUAUCUAUUUUAUGUAAAGACGCCAGAGGCAGAACACCUCUGCACUUUGCAGCAGCUCGGGGUCAUGCCACUUGGCUGAGUGAAUUACUGCAGAUAGCACUUUCAGAGGAAGACUGCAGUUUGAAAGAUAAUCAAGGUUAUACACCGCUGCACUGGGCUUGUUACAAUGGUCAUGAAAACUGCAUAGAGGUACUAUUGGAACAAAAGUUUUUCCGCACAUUCUAUGGUAAUAGCUUCUCUCCAUUGCACUGUGCCGUAAUCAAUGAUCAUGAAAACUGUGCAUCACUGCUCAUCGGAGCCAUUGAUGCCAGCAUUGUCAAUUGCAAAGAUGACAAAGGAAGAACACCCCUUCACGCAGCAGCCUUCGCAGAUCACGUGGAGUGCCUCCAGCUCCUCCUGAGUCACAGCGCACAAGUCAAUGCUGCGGACCACGCAGGGAAAACACCUCUCAUGAUGGCAGCUCAAAAUGGUCACAUAGGUGCUGUAGACUUUUUGGUGAACGUUGCCAAGGCUGACCUGACAUUAAAAGAUAAGGAGUUGAAUACAUCUUUGCACUUGGCUAGCAGUAAAGGUCAUGAAAAAUGUGCCUUGUUAAUACUUGACAAGAUACAAGAACAGAGCCUUAUUAAUGCAAAAAAUAAUGCAUUGCAGACACCUCUCCAUAUUGCUGCACGAAAUGGCUUAAAGAUGGUGGUUGAAGAGUUGCUAGCCAAAGGGGCAUGUGUCCUAGCAGUAGAUGAAAAUGGUCAUACGCCAGCCCUGGCUUGCGCUCCUAACAAAGACGUGGCUGACUGCCUGGCACUCAUUUUGGCUACCAUGAUGCCUUUUUCUCCUUCCAGUUCAAUGACGGCUUUCAACUUCGUUUGUUUUAAAAAAGACAAUUUGGGCAGGACACAUCUCUGCGAUGGCUCCAGUAUGGGUAGCAUUAACUCUUAUAAUAAGCCCUUGAGUAAUAACAUAGGAACAGAGGAUGGGUACAAUGAAAAUGAUUCGGAUUCUGAAACAUUUUGACUUUUGGUAUUCAAAACCUUUUUUUCACUAUUGUUUCAUUUGAGCUUUAUUUCCAUCUUUUUAAACAGCUUAAAUUCCACAGCUAUAUUCUUUAACUAUUAUUCUUGACAAUUAGGUAUUGGAAAACUUUGUAGCGUUGAUGAGAAUCAAGCCUUUAAAUAACAAAGUGAGAGUGAUUUACUGGACCGUAUUCCCAUUAAUGUUCUGCAGCUUUUCAGCCUCUUCAUGUUUCCUUUAGGCCCUAAGUGCCCCUGUGGAAAGUCUCUACCUCUUACUUUAGGUAGAAAAAGAGAAAAUGCCUUUUUUUUCUUUUUGACAGCACAAAUAAACACAGAACUGUUUGUAAAAAGUUCUUACAUGUUUUAGCUGUACCUUUACUACAUGAACGUAUUUCCAGUGUAGCCUUCAUAGAUUCGAGCAUCACCCCUUUCCUCUGUUUGUCUGUUUCCUGCUGCCAGGGGCUCUGUUAAUUAGAUGAUCUUUUUUUACACAAACCAAAGGUAAAGUUAUAAAUCUUAAAACUGCCUGUAUUACUUUUCUACAGGAGACAAAAUCUUUUACAUUCUGCGUGUAUUAAGCACUUAAACCUACAGAAGGCACUUUUUACAGUUCUUAGUUGCAGCACACAAUUAGAAAAUUAUAGUGAUAAACUCUUAAGGCCAAAUUCUGCUUGUCUCACCAGAUUUUCUCACGGACAUUAGUGGAACCACUUGGCCCUUAUUUUUUUUUCAAUUCAGCACAAACAUGUAGGGUUUAUUUGCACUACAGAAUUAGGGUCAUUAGAUGCUUCUGUCACCUGAGCCAUUAACCAUGAAUCUAGUAUCAGAAAAAAAAAAAAAAAAUCAGGUGUAGACAAAGGUGUAUGUAAAAGUUUAUAAUGACUUGCCAACUUAAACUGAUUUUAUUUUUCCUUUUCUAUGCUAAAAUAACUUAUUUUUACUGUAAACAGUACGGAAUUUUAAAAUACUUUUGCCAGUGUUUGGGUUAACAGAGCAAAGGUAAAGCAAUGAAAGCAUAACACCAAAAGUUGAAAUACCAAACACCAGAAAACAGAGCAGUGUACCGUGCGGGGGAUCGGAGAUACAUGCUAAAAAAGCCUAUUGUCACCAGCUUUUAAAGCAAUGUCAACUUUGUGAAUAUGUUUACUCCUUCUGCCAAAGUUUCUAGGUCAAAUGGACCACGACCCUCGUCUGCAACAGAUGUACAAAAGGAAGAAUGAGACUUUGUAAACAAAAGCAAACAAACCUAAACAAAAAGCUAUCAUGAACUAACCAGCUGUACCAAGAGGACCAAAAUGCUUCAGUAAUUAAACGGAAGACUUUGCUACUUUUAUUUUUUCUUCAAAUGUGAGUGAUACAAUGAAGUAGUUUUUCUAAACUAUAAAGAUAUAAACUUUUGAGGUAAUGAGUAGUCUUGAGUGAAUUUUACAUUUUAUGAUGCAGGUUUUGAGUUGACAUUUGUAACUGAUGAUGUGUUGACCACAGUUGUUUGUUUUUUCCAGACUAAAGAAUAUGUUAAUCUACUUUUAAUGUAAAUGUGUUUAUAUUUAUUUGAAAUGAAACAAAUGCCCAGGAAAAAUAACUAUGGCUUGUUCUCCUAGUUAGUGUUUGUGCAUACUAUUUGACAUGACGCGAAAUGAAAUGUGAAUCUAAGCAAGACUUGAUGGCCUGAGUAGAAAAAGGAAGGGCUGAUGCACUUCUGGAGAGUGCCCACCUUCUUGUAUGGAACGCAAAGAUAAAGUCCACAGGCUAUACUGCUUAAAAGCAGAGAGCAAAACACCUUCCACCAUUUCAGAGCAUAAGAAAGGGAUCCAACCCCUUGCUGGACAAGUGAGAGGACACUGUACAGCUACAGUAAAGAGGAGAAAAGGUGAUACAGCAUGGAGUCAAGGUGUUAAAGUUCCCGCGAUUCGCACUCAGGCUGUCUGCAGGCCUACAUCUGUGCUGGGAGGAUGAGACGAGCUUCCUCAGUGCAUGCUUUCGGCAGGGCAAAUAGAAAGUAAGGGUUUUUAUUUUAGUUGCAGUUUUUAGCUGUGUUCCACUGAAUUGUAAAAAAUCUAUUGGCAGAUUCCAGUUCUUUAAUUAAGAAAAAUAUGUAUUAAGUUUAUUUUGCCUUGCUAAAAUUAAAUAUUGUUUCCUUGAACAUGAACAAAUUUCCAAAGUUUACAACAAAAAAUCACAAGGAUAGUGUCUCUAAAGGUGAACACUCCUUUUUCCCUCAACUCUGUAUUUUCUGCAGUAGAACGACAGAGCUGGUUUCCUCCUCAGAAAUAGCACAGAAUAACAUUUUUAUGAUUGACUUUUUUCAACAUUUUUGCUUUUAAGAGUUGCAGAACAGCAAUAACCACCUUACUUUAAGCACUGAAAAUAAGAGGAGAGAUCAAUUGUUAAAGUUUUCAGUGGUGUCUGUUCAGUAAUAGACAUCUGAAAUUCUGCUUUUUUUAUAAUGUGGAAUGAUAGCAUUGAAAACAAAUACAUGAAUGGGAAAUGGCUGCCACCUGUCUAACAGCAGGAUCAGCCUUUUAACCUUUGUUUAACCAGAGAUAUAGGUAGACUCCUUAGCAGGAGUAGUUAGAAGUCUCACCCCGAAAUACAGAAAGUUACACUAUCCUACAUGAAGUUGCUUCAUUAGGAGAAAACCAGUCCUCUUUGUAAAGAGGAUGAUGUAUUAUUUUAAGCAGCCAUUUUUUAAAAAAAUCAGUAUUUUUACUUGCUACCAUACAGAGUUACUGAAAAUAUUUCUGUAUAUUUGCAAUACCUCGUAACUCUGGUAAUUGUGUAGUGCAACAACUGCUGCCUCUUCAUGAUGUACACAACAUUAUAGAAGCAUAGGUGAUUACUGAAUUUCUUUGAUCCUUCUAGGAACCAAAUCUAAACUUUACUGAUUUAACUUUUCUGUAAACUAACAAUGAUGUAAAAAUGCAAUAUUCCAAAAAUCAUGGGAGCAUAUGAUUUGUUAGCAUCUUAAGGGCAUUGGGAAAGUCAUGUUUUGAGUAUGGUUUAUUUAGGAGGAAAACUGUCAUGAGCAAGACAGUUGGAAGUACUCAGUAUUGGCCUGUCCCACAUCUCACGUGAGUUACCAGAAUCCCUUUUUUGUAUGCUAGUACAUUAAUCUGUAAUAUAAUUUAUCACAUGUAGAAAUAAAUUUGUAAUUUAGGGCAGAUAUUUAAGGAUGAGAAUAAUUUUACUCUUGUAAAUUAUCACCUUGCCUUUCUGUGGACUUUUUACAAGAGUAGAGUUAAUCGUAACAUAAUUGUUGCACUUAACCCUGGAUCCUGCGAUUUACAGUACGUGGACGACUUCUGUGCCUGCACCAAGCAAAGGGUAUCUGGGGAGGGGCAGCCGCCUGCCCCCGCUGUAUUAGCAGGAUUGUUUCAUCCUGUAUUGUAACCACAGCUGCAGGUGGAAUCCACGGCAGGAUGGGGUCCCAAGUCUCUCUCAUAAAUACUGAGUUACAACCUCCAGACUGCCUGAAAUUGCUGUGAAAUAGCUCAGGGUAUUUCCGUUCAUCGCUACUAAAAGGGCACCAUAAUGUGUUUGGUACUUUUAUGCAGUAAACAACUGCCAGAUUAUUGAAUUAGAACAAACACAUGAAAUGAAUUGUUUAUCCAUUGUACUGUUGAGAAACUUGGUUAUGUAUCUUGAGGAUGAUUUUAAAAAAACUUGUGACUUUUAUUCUUGGUCAUGUAAGAAAUAUUAGAGUGCCUUUUUAUAUUUGUGUAUAAUGGAAAUGUUUUGUGAAACUCGUCUUUUUUUUGAGUGUUACAGAAGCAAUAUAUUACCAGUAAAUUUUCAUUUCAGACCUUCUUUGAAUGUAUAAAGUGUUUCUUCUUUUCAUAUGUUCUACCUGCAUUGAAAUGAAAAUUAAUAUGCUAAAUUUCUAUAGGAAUAAUGUAUAAUUUUUGCAGUGCUGAAAAUGCUUUCUUAUUACACAAAAAGUAAACCUUAGGUCAGUGUUAUAGGAAAGGGCGUUUUAAACUAGUGACAAUCUGAGUGUGUGUACAAAAUGUAAUUUUAUGCGUUUCUUAUGCAGUGGUCUACAUAGUAAAGCCAAUAUCUUAUGUUUUGUAGGUUUUUGUCUUAUAUUUUAUGCUUUAGCAUGUGCAAUAUAUCUUUACAAACCAUGGUGAUACAAAUCUGGUGCCAGUGUUAUAUUUUGCAUAACAUUUGUAACAAACAAUAUAAAAUAUUGUUUGAUGGUUUAAGUGGGGUUUUGUUGGUAUUGUUUGGUUUUGUAAACUGAAGUUUAAGGACUUGGGUAAAUGUCACAUAUGAAAUGAGGAAAAAGACUUACUUCAGUGAAUGACUUGGAAUUCAACCUAAGUCUUAUCAAGCACAGUUUAGAAACUUUUUCAACUACUGAAUGCUGUAUUAAUGUAAUGAAGAACCCUAACUGUAAACUACUAUUGCAAUGCAUUCAGAUGGUUAUUUUUACAAAUAAAAAUGGUACAAAUACUGUUGGAGAA